GAAAGAGAACGUUCCGCGACAACGACGACAACACUUUACAACCACCUCGACAAUCUACGCCAAGGAAAAUAAUCCAAGAUGGCUUCCAACCAGUCUGUUCAGUGUUUCGGAAAGAAGAAGACCGCCACCGCAGUUGCCCACUGCAAGGCCGGAAAGGGACUUGUUAAGGUCAACGGAAAGCCUUUGAACUUGGUUCAACCAGAGGUCUUGAGAUUCAAGGUCUACGAGCCCCUCUUGAUCGUCGGUCUCGACAGAUUCGCCGGUGUUGACAUCCGUGUCCGUGUUACCGGUGGUGGUCAAACCUCCCAAAUCUAUGCUAUCCGUCAAGCUAUCUCCAAGGCCAUCGUUGCCUACUACCAAAAGUUCGUCGAUGAGCACUCAAAGAACCAAUUGAAGCAAGCCCUCGUUACCUACGACAGAACCCUCUUGGUUGCCGAUAACAGACGUUGCGAGCCAAAGAAGUUCGGAGGUCCCGGUGCCAGAGCCAGAUACCAAAAAUCUUACCGUUAAAUUUGUGGUUUUAUGGGGUUGGAUUUGGGGGAGUGGUCAUGCUGCAUUUGCAUUGGGCUGGCUUUUUACGCCGGUUUAUAGAAUUUUAAGCAAAUAAAUGCAAGAUUCUUCCGAAAUGUUCAUAAUAUGCGGAGCAUAUGGCAAUGGAAAUGUUGAACAAUGCUACAACAACGUGCCGAGGAUUUGCAAGAGUUCUGUUAUGUGAUUAUCUGGUGAUCAGGGGGUUUGUUCGCUUCAAUCGACCGAAAGCACGAGAUAGAAUGGCCACAACUACAAAUACACUUCCCAUUCCUAGCAAUCGUCUACAUUCUGACCGUGCGACGAAAUACUACACAAUGAAUGUAUGAAUGUAUAAUGCACA